UCUUCUCCUCUCCAAUUUCCACUCGGGAUCGCUCAAAGUAACUGUUUUUCGCCGUUCCCCUGGAACGUACAAAGACAAAUGACGACAACGAAGACGACGACGUCGACGACCACGACUGCGACCACAUGUGCUACGAUCAUCAACCAACCGACAAGCACACGACGUAAUACACAGAAUGCUUCUGCUGCUUCUGUAACGAGUAAAUUAGGAAAUCAGUGGGCGUACUGCCGCUCGUUCGUUCGUUCGUGAGAGUUGAAUGAAUCCAUUCAGCAUCGGCAGUCGUGGCUCAGCUCAGUUCAGCUCCACCCGUAGCGUUGUCAAGCACUGGCCGUUUACGACCUCAAUUCCAGAUGAAGAAAGCCGGUGACCUUUCUUCCGAGUGCGACACGCGAUAAGCUCCCGUACAAUGGCGUCGAUCGAGGCUUCUGGCGAUUACUGGGAAGUCGCAUUCGACGGACAAGAGUAGACAUCUUCGCAGAGGGAUCGCAACUCCGUAGAGGCACCCAACCAUGGCUGUGUUCGGACUGGUCUCGUCGGUGGCCGGCUUCAUCAAGGUCCGGUACCUGAUCGAUAAGGCCAUCAUCGAUAAUAUGGUGUUCCGGUGUCAUUACCGGUUAACCAGCGCUGUGCUCUUCCUAUGCUGCGUGCUCGUGACAGCCAACAAUCUAAUUGGUGAUCCCAUUUCCUGCAUCAACGACGGCGCUAUUCCCGGCCAUGUGAUCAAUACGUACUGCUGGAUUACGUACACCUUCACGUUGCCUGGCCAGCACGGGCGACCGGUGGGCACUUCGGUAGCACACUCCGGUCUCGGCAACGAGUACAACCAGGAGCGAACGUACCACAGCUACUACCAGUGGGUGCCGUUCAUGCUGUUCUUCCAGGGCCUGCUGUUCUACAUGCCCCACUGGAUCUGGAAGAACUGGGAAGAGGGCAGAAUGCGCAUGAUCUCCGACGGAUUGCGUGGCAACAUGAUCAUCAGCCCGGAUGAGCGCAAAGGGCGCCAAAGUCGGCUCGCUAAGUACCUCUACGAAUCACUCAAUACGCACAACAGCUACUCGUUCGGUUACUUCAUCUGCGAAGCGCUGAACUUCGUCAACGUGAUUGGCAACAUCUUCUUCGUGGACAAGUUCCUCGGCGGUGCUUUCCUUACCUACGGUUCCGAAGUGCUCAAGUUCAGCGACAUGGAUCAGGAGAAUCGCUCGGAUCCCAUGAUCGAGAUCUUCCCUCGCGUGACGAAGUGUACAUUCCACAAAUACGGAGCUUCCGGCAGUAUCCAGAAGCACGAUGCCCUCUGCGUCCUAGCGUUGAACAUCCUGAACGAAAAGAUCUACAUCUUCCUGUGGUUCUGGUUCAUCCUGCUGUCCAUCCUCUCUGGACUGGCCAUUCUGUACUCGGCGGCCAUUGUCAUGAUGCCGACAACGCGCGAGGCCGCCCUCAAGCGUCGCUUCCGCACGGCCCCGGACAAUCAGAUCGAGAACCUGGUCCGCCGGAUCCAAAUCGGUGACUUCCUCAUGAUUCACCUCCUGGGACAGAACAUCAACGUGACGUCCUACAGCGAGGUGCUGCACUCGCUGAUGAGCCGCCUCAACGAGGACAGAACUCGCGAUACGCCUUCGGCGCCGUCCACCCUGGAGAUGGCUCCCAUCUAUCCGGAAAUUGGAAAAUACGAACAAGAGAAGGCAGCGAUGGACCAAGAAUACGAAGCCUAGAUCGACUCCACACACUCCGAACCGAGAGCAAAAGCUGUGUUUUAGAAAGCAUUAGAAGAACAAAGGGAACAGGAAGAAGUCAAUACACAGGAAACCUGGAAUGAGUGAGAGAUGCCGAGCGAAAGAGAGCGAGAUAGAGGAAGAGACUAACACGGAGCGAGUAUGGAUGCAUGACGGAUUGCUUUAGAUAGGACGCUAUACUACAUUCCCGAGGCAAACAGGAAGAUUAAGACAGAGAAGGCAGUACUCGGCAAUGCGGAUGAGUGUGUGAAAGGGAAGUGUCUUGUCUGAGUAGUGCGAGAAAGAGAAGGAAAGCGAGAGCAAUUUUUUUGUUUGUUUUAAUAUACGGAGGGAGCCGAAUUUUUUGCGGUUCCCAGAUAGAAUUCAAACUUCAGAGGAGCUAACUAUACAUGAAUAUUUGUAUUUUAAUCGGUAGGAUUUUAGACAAGUAUGCGGAGCAUUUUACGUGCGAUUUCUGUCAAAAUUUUAGAUGUCAAUUGAGAAAUCUUUGAAAAUGACAAGACUGUCUCUAUUUAGAAAGUGAAACUGUAAUUUAACAAACUCCAGGAAUUCAACCCUCGAAUACUACUUUAAAUUUUAGCGUGUAUCUAUUCAAUCAAUCAAUCAAAAAUCUAUUUUCUAGGAUUUUACACUGAAACAAAAAAAUACGUGCGCAUUUAGUAUUAUUCCAAACGUCAAUCGUGAUAGUAAGCGUUAGCACCGAUAAAAGACAAUCGCCGGAAGCACUGUUUCGAAAGAUACACAAUACUUUUUAAACUAUAUACAAGAGAGUAAAACGAAUUGCCAUAAAUCGUAAGAGACAAUCAAAUACACACAAUCCAACUAACACACAAUAGGCUAGAUUAAACAAUUAGAAGCAACAGAGAGGAAGAGAGAUCGAAAACCUAGAGUGAGAGCGCAACACGUGCAACACAUCCAAGUGCAACAAUGUUUACAAUCGAAAAACGACAGUAGUGCUCAAAGUAGUUCAUUUUAGGAAACAAACGCGCAUUUAUCAAUCUACACACGGAAAAGAGAAAAAAAUCUCCCAAAUUUUAACACAUAACCCAUCGUUUUCCUACCGCCCUUCGAAGAUGCCCCGUAGCAUUAUCCUUUCUUUCCCAUUGUCUUGUUUUAGUAGAUAGAACAAUUUUAAAAACGGAAAAAGCUGCCUUAUAGCGUCGUGAACUAAUUUUACUGAGUGGAGAACAUAACGAUAACACGUAUAGAAAGCCGAACGGAAAAGUUUCAUCUCAUUAGAGCUAAGUGAAAGGGAAGAAGCAACCUUUUUUUAGAAGUGGUCACACAUUUUUUUGCUAGUAAGUAGAAACCGAUUUCUCUUUUUUUUUUCUUAUUCCAUCUUUACAACUUUCGUUCAAUUUUGUCUGAACACACAAACAGAAAAAGACAUUUACUGAAAUUCCAUCAAUGUUGUCGACAACAGAAACGAGAAUUCCUUGCAUACCAGUUGCAGGCACCGUCAGCCGGUGCCAACCAACUGCUUCCGAACAACAACUAUCUCAGUUAAUCUCAAACUUGCAAAAUAAGGAGAAAUUUUAUUGUGAUAAGAUCGAAAUUUAGAGGAAAUAAAUAUCAUUUUUAUAAGAGU